AGAUAUAGCCCAGCACUAAAAACAUAUUUGCGAACUGGAAAUACGCGCCCAACAAAUGAUAGGUACUGAGGAUAUGUCCACAUCGACUGGCAUGGAUAUAAGUGAAUCCUUUCGUGCCGAGGAUCUCUCUAAGACGGAUUUCUUCGAUUUUGUCACAGCGCCGGACAUGGGCAUUGGCAUCGGUGUCGGUAUGGAUGUGGGCGUAGGCGUUAGCCUGCAGCAACAGCACAAUCAGCAGCACGCACAACAGCACAGUCACAACCACAGCCAAGGUCAUACGCCCACAACGUCACAAACGCCGCAGCAGGCUAUUUGCGGCGGCGGUGCGAGAACCACCAGCAGUAUGACACACGACGGUGUCGAAGGUGGGGGAGCAGUUAUUGUCCCCGUUUGCAAUCGCAAUGGCAGCUCCAGCAAUGGUGGCGAUCCCACGUUACAGGGCUAUGAGUUCUGGCACCAGGACAAGGACAGCAGCCGCCUUGACUCCAGCUCCAUAUUUGAGGACCUCGAUCGAUACUGUUGGCAGCAGCAGCCGAUCACAGCCAGCGCCACGACAGCAGCCAAUGCCGGCAAUGUUCGAUGUAGCAACCAACCCAGUCCCACAUCACCACAGUCGCAUUCACAUCCACAUCAGCAACAGCAACAACAACAACAGCAACAACAACAGCAACAACAACAGCAGCAACCUAAUGCCAGCAGCUCUUCGAGUGCAGCGGGCAGCAGCAGUGACACCAUCAGCAGCCUGGACACAACUGACGGCCAGAUUUACACAUUGACAGUAUUAAAUGGAGGCGAGCCAUGGCUCAAGCGUGCCGAGACUGAGCAACUACCCAGCGCACUGGACUUGGACAGUUUGUUAGGCAGCUUUCCGGGCUACAUCAAGUCGGAGUAUCCAUACGAUGACAGCGGUUUCAGUACGGAUGGCAAGGAUGUAAUUGUCAGUGGUGCAGAUGCCAAUGGCCUCAGCAGUAUUUCCCAAUCUCAACAGCAUGGACAGACGCUACCCUCGCUGGUCACAGCCAUUUCCAUUGCGGGCGGCGGUGUCAAUGAGCUGGGCCAACAGUUGGCUCAGUUCCAGAACAACAACAACGACUGGCACAUGGCUGAUCACAAUGCGGAAGCGGAGCAAAAUAGCGCGGAGUCCCUGCUGCGCAGUGCCCUUCAAGGCAAAGGCUAUGCCAAAGGGCUGCACAUGCAGAACGGACUUACUCUGCCCGUGGUCAAGGACGAUGAAAUGAGGAGACUACUCUUUACUCCCGACGAUGCCGCGGAUGCACUGGGCUUUGCGGACUCCACGUUAAAUACCGCGCAAAUGUUCGAGGAUGCGCAAGCGAUGAGUCAUGCGACUGGAGGCGCACAUAUGUCCUCGUCGAAUCACGGCCAGCACGGGGGCAAUGCCAGUGGCAUUAUUGUGGAUGACAUGUUCCUGUCGCUGGAGAAUGCCUUCAGUGAUGACUUCGAGAAGAUAAAGCGCAUUGCCAACGAGGUGCAACAGUACUGCAGUGGCAGCACUGGCACGCCCACACCCGGAGACUAUACCAGCAGCGAUGUGCUUAUGCAAAUCUCACCCAGCGCCACAACGACAACAACAAUAGCAACGACAGCUACACAGCUACAGCCCCUGACCAAUGCCCAGCAGCAGCAGCAACAACCACCGCCACCGCAACCUCUCAAGGCCGAGGUGUCCACAUCGACAGCGGCUAGUGCUGUGGGCACAGGUAGUCGCAUUGGUGGCGUUAGCAAGCCCAAGAAGCAGUACAAGCGCAGCAACAGCAGCGCCAACAGCAGCAGCAGCAACAACAACAACAACAAUAAUCCUAACGUGGCCAACAACAACAAUAACAGCAACAACAACAGCGGCAGCGUUCUAGGCGUGGUUAUAGGCAACGGUGGCAGCUCCUCUUCGAGCGGCAGCGCCAGUAGCAGCAGCAAUAGUCCGCCCGCCAAUUGCAAUGCCAGCGCAAGCACGGCAAGUGGUGGUGGCAGCGGUGGAGGUGGACAGCGGAAAGAGCGUUCACUGCACUAUUGCUCCAUUUGCUCGAAGGGGUUCAAGGACAAGUAUUCUGUGAAUGUGCACAUACGCACGCAUACGGGCGAGAAACCGUUUGCAUGCUCGCUGUGUGGCAAGAGCUUCCGACAGAAGGCACACCUGGCCAAGCACUAUCAGACGCACAUGACCCAGAAGAACAAUGGCAAUCUGAUCAAAGGCGGCUCCGCCAAGCAUCAGCGCGGCAUCUCAAAUGCAGCUAACUCCGGUGCGAGUCUUGGGCAACAACAACGACAGCUCAGCGCGGUGCCCACUGCUGUGGUGUCGAGUCCCAGUUUAAUGAGUGCCGGCGUCGUGCUGAGUGGGCCAAAUACACCACCUGGAGUAUUACCGCCAGCCAACGGUCUGCUUACGAACCGGUAGUGGGGCAACCUUGGCUUUUAUAUGAAUAGGCUAUGUUUAAUAAAAACACAAACCGCAAACUAUUUCUUGUUCCUUACUUACAAAAAGAAAAACAAA